AUGGCGACUACGAAAACAAGUGAUUAUUUGGAUCAGUUGUCGACCUCCAAAGCUUCAAAAUGUAACUGUUGUCCUUAUGGAUUCCACAUAGAUCUUGGAUUCGUGGAUUAUGUAGAGAAUGUGGCGAAAGGAUUCAGUACUGCAAGUUCUACAGUAUACAAUGUUGAAGACGAAUCAAAAAAGGUCAAAAGAGCAAAUGUUCAAGCAAGUACAAAUAAUAGAUGUUAUAAAAAUGAUAAUCAACCAGCCGGCAAGAUUGUUGUUACUCCCAUAAAUUCUAUUUUCAGCAAUUCGUUAGAAAAUGUAGUGAGCGAUUUUGAAGAAACUUUGAAUUUGCGAGGAAACUGUUCUGAUCGAGAAUCAGCUACUCGAUUGAACAACAACCGAAAAAAUGUGCACACCAAUGGUUACCUUUCAGAUUACAGUACACUUCAAUUUUACAGCCACUCAUUACUUAAAAAAACAUGUAAGCUCUGCACAAAUUACUGGAAGUACUAUUAUAUUUUGGACCCCAUAUAA